AUGCCGCACCCGCCGUAUGCCCAUGGGGUCCAGCCGAAUUUCGUCAAGGAUGCAUCGCUGGAGUACCUUCAAGCACAGCUGUCAGGCAACAAGACGCCGCUGUCCCUCCGCAAUCCGCGGCUGGAUCCGAGGGCUCGGGAAGCACCGAUGCAGCGGCACGGCUCCACGCCGAGGCAAGGCAAGGAGAAGGAAGCUGCUUCCAACGACACGCAUUUCGUGCCCUUGCGACAGAGCUUGAACUCCUCAGAAAGCUGCAAGGCAGUGGCAGUGAACCACAAUCACAAGCCUGGCAGCAAAGUGUUGGCGAGGAGGCCAAGUGUGGACUCCUCCUCGGAUUGUUCGCACAAAGGAUCAGCCUCGGUUCCAUCCGGCAGGCCUUCCAUCGUGGCAGGGACUUCACCUCCUUUACCCACACGCAUCGCCGAUCCUUCGUGGUCACCCAUGCCGAGGCCGCUGCUGCGUGAAGGUCCGGGACGGCCGAACUGCGGCUAUCCCACCUCCGUCAGUCCCAUGCGGCGAGAAGGCGUGUCAGUCUCACCUUUCGUUAGAACACCGUGCCAGUCCCCCUGCAGAGCCACCGUGAUCCAGAGGCCAGCUCCUCCGUCGCCACGAGCCAUCGAGAAGCUGCUCAACGUACCUUUGGUGGAUCUCCGGAUGGCAGCUUCCAAGGAGCCAUCUGUCGCAGACGGUGACGCUCUCACACCGCAGUGGAGACGUGUUCCACCGGCCUGGUCCGUAACACCCACACCCGUGCGCAGCGCAUCGCGUGUCAGAGUGGAGCCAUCGUUCUCGCCGUCGGCUCCUUCGAGAGGCGUUGUUUCGAUCGCUGCUGCAGAUGCUGCUGCCCAGCGGCAGGUGCCGACCAGAGAGCCUUUGAGGCGCCCAACACCCACGACGACGUCUGCCCCGGUGAUACGCUCCGUCAGCCCGGCGCCUGCACCAGUGCUGACACCUGGCCUUGGGCUUCAGCUGCCGGUUGGCGUGCGCCUUCUUCGAGCGCCGCUGCCCAGCACCACAUCGGCAGCAACCACACCGCCACGCUCUCCAGUGACGACGUGGCCUCCGAGGUUAGCCUUGUGGCCCAACGCGAAAGCGUCUUGGGAGCACCCCGCUCCAAGCACUGCAGCACCAGGCUCCGAGUGCUCUGUCAUCCACAGCACUGGGCCCGAGGACGCAGUGCCUGAUAAAGCCAAAGCUUUCGAGCCGCAAGUGGUUUCGGAGGUGCUUGCUGCUCCGGCACCUGAGGAAUCGCAGGACUUCGGAAGGCCAGAGGCGCUUGCACAUGCUGCCCAAGCUGGCCAGGGCGCAGUGGCCAGCGGGUCGGAAGGUCCGCUGCAGGCGCGCAUCCCAUCACCGUUGCCUGUGUCUGCGCUGCGAGAGGGCUCUGAUGCGCAGGGCUGGUGGCAGAUUCUCGCGGAGACGAGAGCUCAACGGCGGGAGCUUGAACACCGAGGCGAGCUUGCGCUUGCCGCGCAGGAGGUGGCAUAA